GUGGCGGUGCGACGAGAUGAUUGGUAUGUUGGCACCACUUACACGGAUAUAUGCAUGGACAGGAAGCACCGGCUGCAGCCAUAAUCAUGAUUCCCGGCCGACGCUGACCACCGAAAUAAACAGAACUGUCUCUCAUGGCCACGCGACCAUCCUACCACGGCCACGGCAUCGCGGCCGCCAUGAUCCGGCAUGUCCUCGAUGUUGUGGACCAGCAUGGUGUCAGGGCGGUGCUGUUGGGCUUGGAGCUCGCGACGCCGCUGUACCGCCGUCUUGGGUUCGAGACGGUGGAGACGUUCAGCUUUGAGCUGGCAAAGAGGGAGGCUGGCGAGGAUGGUGUCAUGCAUGUCAUGAUUCGGGAGCCACGAGAUGGUGCAGGGGACGGCGAGACGUCGUAGCGGCGUGGAAUGAGGUGUCUACAGAAUGGACAAGACCCUGGAACGACACCAGUCCCUGAGAGAACGAUAAUGGCCUUGAUAUGGUAGUCGAGUCUCGAUGACGAUACUGCCUCGAGCGAUGGAUUUAGCGAAUAUAAAUGAGAAGACCGUGCUACGUCUGGGCGGAUCGAAUGUUGGACCAUUCAAACACACACACACACACGUUGAUAUUAUUCAGGUGGACGGCAGUCAUUUCUUGGAGCCCCGACGACGUUCGUCCGGAUGACUCGCUGUCCUCUGUGUUCUGCAGCGACAAAGACCUCACGCCUGAGUCUGCCAUACGAAUGCAAAUGUUCAACUGUGGUGGAUGCCAUUGCGGCAACUCAUAGGCACGAUGCAUUCCCCACAUAUACCCCGAGUACAGUCUCCCAUCGUUCUUGACGAUCUAACAUACUCGUUUUGUGACUGUCCACUUUUCUGUGUAUCUCCACAAGCACGGUAUCACG